AUGAACGAAUGUAACUCUGGUUUGAGUGAAAUUGGUUUGCCUCUGUGAACAAUGAACCCGCUCAGUUUAAGGGUGAACUGACACAACACUGCAAAUGACCCUUUUUGAGCUUUUAGAGCCUGAGCAGCAAACAUUGAAAUAACGAGUCGGUGGAAAGAUACAAAACGAAAGAAGACCCACUGACAGUGUUCGUGGGUCCUACUACAUAACCUCCCAGCUCCAGCUGAGGAGACCACAGGUGCUCCCAAUAACUCCUGAUUAACAAGGAAACCUUUGGUCUGGAUCUGAACCUCCCUCUAAAACGGCCGCCAUCUUGCACACUGUGGCGGUAACUCUGUGUUCGCUUUACUUUAACAGAGCUGAUUUUAUGUUAUAGGUCUGAGUAAAUGUUUGUGUCAUUAAGCCAAAACACACAGAAGGCUCUUGACUCGACAGUAAAACUUAGUUUUAUUGCAGCAUGAUUAUGCGGCAGUAAAAACUUCCUUCUCACGGGAAGCUUCUGCAGAAUCAGUCUCAUCUCUGUAAAUAUCCGGCUGUGCUGUCACGCUAACUGGAGUGUAUAUAAGUAUCAGGUUUGGUUUGGUUCAGCACCUCUUCACUGACAGGACCCUGGAUCGAUCUGCUGCAGGUUCGACAUCACCACUGUUAUCAUCUUUCUCAGCAUGAUCAGUUGAAGUCGUCCUUCUCCAACUGAAGGUUUAGUAACGCCUUUGUCUUUGUUCAUCAAAGGAAACCAUCCUCACCUCAACAUCUUCAUCAUGAACCUGCUGGCUGUUUCCCUGGUGAUGUGCCUGAUGAUGUCUCUGACCUCAGUUAAAGGUGAGUGGACAUAAAAACCCACCUUUACAAGGAUACUAGACACUAAGUUCACCUGCUCUCAGCUGCAUUUUUAUCUUUGACGAUUAGAUUUCAUCAAAAGUACAAAAUGUUUUACUUCCUAUGAUCUUCAAACUACCCAGAGUUUCCUGUAAUAAAGAGGCAGCCAUAGAUUUACAGAAACUCUCAGUUUACAUUUGAGUGAUAUAUCUGAACUCCACCCUCUCAUCUGCUUCACUGUCCCUUCAGCUGAACCUGUUGGAGAAGAGCCUGAGAUAGAGUUCUCUUUUGGUGGUGAGUUUGUACAGUUUUCAUGACUUACUUGAUGACUUGACUUGAGUCCUGUCUGCAAAUGAAUUUCAGGAAACACGACAUUAAACACCAAACAUAAGUCCAUGACUAUGACGGGAACAUCCAUGGAGGAAGGAAGUGAGCGUAAUGCUUUAUAAAUGUAAUGUUUAAAAAGAAUUAUACUAUCAUGCAAAAGAAAAAAAGUCUCUUUGAAACUCUGACUUCACCUAAACAUUAGAUUUAUAAAGAUCGGAUUCUUUGCUUCUUUGCAAAAAAGGUUAUAAAGCAGGAUCUAAGGUGCUUUGAGCUGUUAUUGAUGCCCACGAUAAAGCCUCACAGGGGCUUCAUAACUGGCUUGAAGGAGAAGGAGGAUGUGUUUGUAAAUUACAUAUCAUUUUAACCUAUUGCAGAAGAGUAAUUGUUGCUGUAAAAAGGACUUUUCUCUCUGCCUCUCUGUCUGCACAGAUGUUUUAAAUGACGGAGAAGCUCCAAAGAUUGAAAAUAUCGGUUAGUUUGUUUUUAUUAUUUAAAAUAGUUCCUGUUUACUAAAUGAAUUAAAAAGAAUGAAACCGUCCACUAUAUGUUUGUUUGUCUGUCUCCUGCUCAUGCAGAAGAUCUGCUGAUUCGGGGAGCCCAAGGUUGGUUUAUUUUCUGUCUUAAUCCCCAGAUUGUACUUCAUCACUUUGUUAACUGAUUCUUGAAAAUCAAACAUUAGAUAGAGUACAUGAUAUAACCCUCCUUCCUAUUUGUCCCCACAGCCCCUGAAAAAUGA